ACAAAAACUUGAGAAAGAAUGAAAAACUCGAGAAACGCAAAAACGAACGAAAGGCUAUAAAAAACUUUGAUACAUGAAUUAUAAAUGAAACUAAAUGAAGCAAAAGUUUGCUCAAGCUGUUAUCUUGAUCUUUAUUUUGUUUUGUUGAAAACUUAUUAAACUUUAACGUUCGCUCAAAAUUAAUGAGUUUUUAAAAUCUUUUGAAGAACAAAAUGUGCUCGAUAAUUAGCCUUUCGCAACUGCUAAUUUUUUUGAGUUUUAUUUCCACUGUAUGCUGUUUAAACUCGCUUGAGGAGCGAAGUUUCGUGAGUUCAGUUCUAAACCAAACCACGAACCAUACUCCUCAUACCAAUAUGCUAAACAAUACAGUAUACCUCUACGUUGACCUGUACCAAAUGCUGGGAAUUGACGAGAAAGAGGGAACUAUCAACGUCAAACUCUGGAUCUACAUUUUCUACUAUCUCCCCCAUAUAGCUUGGGAUCCGGCAGUCAAUGGUGUCUUUGAAUUGCAACUGCCUCCUAGGAGUCUGUGGACGCCAGAUAUAAUUCCCUUUGACGCAACGGAAUGGAUCUAUGACGGAUUUCUGGAACAGAUGAUUGUCUUCAAUGGUCUGGUGGCUCCUAGGAGCAGCUCAAUUAACGUCAAGAUGACAUGCAGUGUCAAUGUCAAGUACUUUCCAUUCGACUCCCAGGAAUGUCGAUUCACCAUUGGGCAAUGGGGCGCCACUCAAAAUUCAUACAGACUCGGAAUAGAUCCAGCAUUCUCUCAUCCCACACAUAUGGACCUGCAACGAUUCCAACAAAGUGGCCAAUGGCAUCUCGUAGAACCUGUCAAUUACUUCAUGACCAAUCGAACGUUCAAAAACUUCACCGACUUCUGGAACUUCGACGCCAUUGAGUACGUUUUCAUAUUCGAGCGGAACCCUACCUUUUACGUAACUGUCAUAAUCAUCCCUGCAAUCAUGAUGGGAGCCAUGUCAAUACUGGCUCUGAUUCUUCCGGUCGAGUCAGGAGAAAAGAUUUCAUUGGCUGUGACGAUUUUACUGGCUCAAGUUGUGGAACUUCUGGUUCUGUCUGACAUUUUGCCUCCGAGCACCGAAGACGACUUUCCAAUUGCGGGAUCCUUAGUAGUCUUUCUGAUCAUUCUGGCUUCGAUUUCACUCAUUGUCAGUGUAUUUUCGUCUUCAAUACAUUACACCCCAGUUUGUAAAGCAGUUCCACGAUGCAUAAUUGCGGUCAUAAGCAGUCGAAUCAUGACUUUAUUUUUCAUUGCCCGAUUGAAUGUCAGAGACGAAACAAAAGCCAAACCUAAGUCCGAAAAUAAGGAGCAGCAACAAGCAGAGAAACAAGCUUGGAGCAACUAUAACAAUGAUACUGAGCGUGCUAUAAAAUCCGAACAUAUCAGCGAGGUCGGAUGGAAGAUGCUAGCAGCUCUGAUAGACAGAAUACUUCUGAUUUGCUAUUCGACUGCUUUGAUCUCGGGAGCCAUCUACUACUACAUCAAAGCAAUAUCUGGAUAACCAAUUCGGUUUAAAGCCGCACAUGAACUCAGUCAAAUCGAUAAGAAAAAUAUGUGUUCAACGUCAACUCCGCAAAAAAUCUAAAAACCUUGAUAGCUGGACAAAAUUGACUGUAACCUUGCAUGUGCAUAUCAAAAUAUCAUAGUUGUAACGAAAAACAGUGAUAAACUUAGACGACAAAUUAAAUCUCGGUAUAUCUCGAUUUAAACCGAUAACUUUAUGUAGAUUACAACCAUAACUUUAUGCAGAUUAUAUAGAUUGAUCUUCAUUGCAUGAUGGCAUAUAACGCUACCACUGAAAACUCAAGUAUACAAACCGGAAAUUUUUAGUUCGAUAUUAUUACUACCCAUAAUAAUUGA